AUGGCAAAUCUACACAUCAGAUACCUCCUGGCUCUGGCCUUAGUGCACACAGUAUUUUCCUCGGGUGUGUUUGAGUUGAAGAUCCAUUCAUUCAACACGGCGCAGCGCAUCUGCAGGAGACACAGGGACUGCCAUAUAUUUUUCAGGAUUUGCCUAAAACACCCGGAGGAUGUGAUCUCCGCAGAGCCGCCUUGCACCUUUGGCACCGGACACACCAACGUUAUCAGGGCCGACCACACCUCCAUCUCCAGCAGCGCACCCAUCCGCGUGCCUUUCCACUUCAAGUGGCCGGGAACAUUUUCGUUGAUCAUUGAAGCUUGGAACGCAGAAUCCCCCACUGAAUACACAGACAACCAAAACAAUCUCGUGAGCCGCCUGGCCACCAAGAGGAGACUGGCCAUCGGGGAGGACUGGUCCCAGGACGUGCACUUUGGCGAGCAGAGCGAGUUGCGCUACUCUUACCACGUCUUCUGCGAUGAGUAUUACUUCGGAGACGGCUGCGCAGAAUACUGCAGACCGAGGGACGACACGCUGGGUCACUACACCUGCGACGAGGAGGGUAACCGCAUCUGCCUGGAGGGCUGGAAGGGAAACUACUGCUCUGAGCCCAUCUGCUCGGCUGACUGCAAUGAGAAGCACGGCUACUGCGAGGCCCCAGGGGGCUGUACGUGUCGCAUGGGCUGGCAGGGCCCCUUCUGCACCGAAUGCGUCCGCUAUCCAGGCUGCCUCCACGGGACGUGCAGCCAGCCGUGGCAGUGCAACUGUCAGGAGGGCUGGGGGGGCCUCUUCUGUGACCAGGACCUGAACUACUGCACCAACCACAAGCCCUGCGCCAAUGGUGCCACCUGCACCAACACAGGACAGGGCAGCUACACCUGCACCUGCAGGCCUGGCUUCGGAGGCACCAACUGUGAGCUGGAAACCAAUGAGUGUGACAGCAACCCCUGCAAGAACGGAGGCAGCUGCAAUGACCUUGAGAAUGACUACUCAUGCACCUGCCCUCAGGGCUUCUAUGGUAAGAACUGCGAGAUCAUCGCCAUGACGUGUGCAGAUGGUCCCUGCUUUAACGGUGGCACCUGUGUGGAGACAAUGACCGGAGGCUACACCUGCCGCUGCCCCCCCAGCUACACGGGCUCCAACUGUGAGAAGAAGCUGGACCGCUGCAGCAACAGGCCCUGUCUGAAUGGAGGUGAUUGUCUGGAUCUUGGUCAGAGCAUCUUGUGCCGCUGUCAGGCAGCCUUCACCGGCGCCAACUGCCAGAUCAACAUCGAUGAUUGCGCCUCAAGCCCCUGUCAGAAUGCCGGCACCUGCCAAGAUGGUGUGAACGACUAUACCUGUUCCUGCACCCUGGGGUACACUGGCAAGAACUGCAGUGUACGCUCAGACGCCUGUGGCGCCCGUCCGUGCCAAAAUGGUGGCACUUGCUUUACCCACUUCACGGGACCAGUAUGCCAGUGUCCUAAGGGCUUCAUGGGUCCAAGUUGUGAGUUCACGCUUCAGCCCAGUUUCAAGCCAGCUUUGCGCCAAGCCUCCCAGCCGUCCUCCGCCACCCUCACCAUCUCCUGCAUUCUGGCUGUUCUGGUGCUGGUUCUGGUGGCAGGCAUUAUAUUCUUGAGGAGGAGGAGGAGACUGCAAGGGAGGAAGCAGCUGAACGACAGUGCGGUUUACAAUGACCUGGAGACGGUCAACAAUGUCGGAGGGAACGAGAGAGACGCCUUCCUGGGACCAAACGGCAUGUUUAAAAUAAGUAACAGCACAGCUCGCCUCAGCCUCUCCCUCUGCCCAGACGGCAGAUCUGGGUACAGGCACAGCCCCGUGGAGAGCAGCAUGGCCAGAGGUGAGCGUCCGGACUUCAUGUGGAGGGACGAGGCCGGGCUGGGCUCUGGAGCAGGCCUGAGAUAA